AUAAAAUUAUGAAGAAUUUAUAAGAAAGUAAGGUCCAAAUGGUUUUUAUCAAUAAUAUACAUAUAGAAGUAAUUAUUAAUAUUUAUAGAAGGCAACAAUAAUUCCUAAUAAUUUUCCAAAUAAUAAAUGGAAGAAAUGUAAAGAUAAGCUUAAUAAUUUAUGAAUAUGUUUUAGAAUGGACAAUUCACAUAGUUCUCUUAGGCAUUUCGAUAAGCCACAAAAGAUGAUCCUAAAUUCAAUAGAGUUCAUGCAU